CCCUGCUCUUCCUCUCUUCCUCCCCCCCUCCUCUUCGCCCUAAUCUCGCGGAUUGUCGGCGCGCUUGGUGCAGUCAGUGGUGCAGUUCUGAGCCGGGAGAAAACGCUGGCUCAAUGAGGAGAUGCUGGUUUUCGUGUUGGUCUCUGGCGCGCUCUGGGUUUUAUUAGAGUUGAGUUCGACGCUGAUGGAGAAGAUGCAGGCCCAGGAGCUGAUGACCGGCCUCAGGGUCCCAGAGAUGGAGGACUUGGGGCACUUGGUUCGGUCCCUGCCCCCCUCGGCGCUGGUCGGGAUCGGGGCCCUCGCGGCUGUUCUGGCCUAUUGGUUUGCCACGAGGCCACGCCCCAUCCGCUCCCCCUGCAGCCUCCAGCACCAGUCUGAGGAGGUCCCGAAUGAAGGAGGGGGGAGGAGGUCCAUGAUGGGCGACCCGACCAAGCUGCUGACGCAUUACCAUGACGACGCUCGCACACUUUACGAGGUGUUUCAGAGGGGACUCAACAUCACCGGUGACGGCCCCUGUCUCGGCUCCCGUCUGCCCAACCAGCCCUACAAAUGGCUCUCCUACAGAGAGGUGAACGCGAGGGCGGAGCAUCUGGGAUCGGGGCUGCUGCACCAGGGCUGUCAACCCAACCCCAACCAGUUCAUCGGAGUGUUUGCUCAGAACCGCCCCGAGUGGUUUAUUUCAGAGAUGGCGUGUUACACAUACUCCAUGGUGGUGGUUCCUCUGUACGACACUCUUGGCGCCGACGCCAUUCGCUUCAUCAUAAACACGGCGGAGAUCUCCACGGUGAUUUGUGACCGAGCGGAGAAGGCCCAGGUCCUCCUGGAGAACGUGGAGCGAAGAGAGACGCCAUGUUUGAAACGCGUGAUUCUGAUGGACCCAUGUGACCCCGAGCUGCAGCAGAGAGGGAGGGGCUGCGGCGUGCACAUACAGAGUCUGCACGAGGUCGAGGCGCUCGGCCGGGACCACCACAGAGCACCCAGUCCUCCAUCGCCAGACGACCUCUCCAUCGUCUGCUUCACCAGCGGCACAACAGGGGACCCUAAAGGUGUGAUGCUCACUCAUGGGAAUGUGGUGGCAGAUUUUGGAGGAUUCCUCAAAGUCACAGAUACUGUGAUCUUCCCAAACCAGGACGACUGCCUCAUUUCAUUUCUGCCACUGGCUCAUAUGUUUGAAAGACUCAUCGAGUCUGUUGUUUACUGUCAUGGCGGCCGUAUCGGGUUUUAUCAGGGAGACAUUCGACUUCUCUCAGACGACAUGAAGGCUCUGAAGCCGACCAUCUUCCCCGUGGUCCCCAGACUCCUCAACCGAAUGUACGACAAGAUCUUCAGCCAGGCCAACACGCCCCUGAAGCGCUGCCUCCUGAACUUUGCGGCGAAGAGGAAAGGAGCCGAAGUGAGUCGAGGUGUGAUCCGGAGCGACAGCAUCUGGGACAAAAUAUUCUUCAGCAAAAUACAGGCCAGUCUCGGGGGAAGGCUGCGGAUGAUCAUCACGGGAGCAGCGCCCACCUCCCCGUCCGUCCUGGGCUUUCUCCGAGCGGCGCUGGGUUGCCAGGUUUACGAGGCCUAUGGUCAGACAGAAUGUACAGCCGGCUGCACCUACACCACUCCUGGAGACUGGACCUCUGGUCACGUCGGGGCCCCUCUGCCCUGUAACCUCAUCCGGCUGGUGGACGUCCCAGAGAAGAACUACUUUGCGUCGAAAGGAGAAGGAGAGGUGUGCGUGAAAGGGCCAAACGUCUUUAAAGGCUACCUCAAAGAUCCAGUGAGAACGGCUGAGACUCUGGACCCAGACGGCUGGCUCCACACCGGGGACAUCGGGAAGUGGUUACCGAACGGCACUUUAAAAAUCAUCGACCGUAAGAAGCACAUUUUUAAGUUGGCGCAGGGAGAGUAUAUUUCCCCAGAGAAGAUCGAGAACAUCUACAUCAGGAGCGAACCGGUGGCACAGCUCUACGUGCACGGCGACAGUCUCCAGUCGUGUCUGGUGGGAAUCGUCGUCCCAGACCCCGAGGUGAUGCCAGAAUGGGCCAAAAAGAAGGGACUGUCGGGAUCGUACCAGGAGCUGUGCGAAAACCCGUUGUUGAAGAAGGCGAUUCAGGAGGACCUGGUGCGUUUGGGCAAAGCCAGCGGCCUCCACUCCUUUGAGCAGGUGAAGAACAUCCACAUCCACAGUGAGAUGUUUUCGAUUGUGAACGGGCUCCUGACCCCGACGCUCAAGGCCAAACGUCCAGAGCUCAAAGAGUAUUUUAAAACCCAGAUCGACGCCCUCUACAGCAGCAUCUCCCUCUGAACUCCUCCUCUUCAUCACCACCUCUGAACCCGCUCCUCCUCUUCAUCACCACCUCUGAACCCGCUCCUCCUCUUCAUCACCACCUCUGAACCCGCUCCUCCUCUUCAUCAUCACAUUUGCUCCGUCCUUCCUCAUGUUCACUGCAGAAACGCACCCACAAAACGACCUGAACUCACAGUGUGAAGUUUAAGACCAGGAACAAACAGGAAGUCGGCGAUGUGCAAAUUUAAACUAAUCAUAAUAAAAAGUCACGCGCUAAACAAAAGACUCAAAUGAAAUUUAAAAAAAACCACAAACUCAAGGGAACAACAGUCAUUACCAGGGCCGGCCUUAGCUUUCAGGGGGCCCUGAGCAGAAUUUGUCCCUGGGCCCCUGGGCAGUGGACCUGGGCUCAGUUAUUGGUGAUUCAUAUUUGACAUUCUGACUCUGCUCUCAUCACCGUGUCCAAUUGUGUGUCUGUUUAUAUGACCAAAACACUGAAAUGUUUUAAUCUAACUUGUAAAACAACCAUUUAAAAGUACCUCAGCGACCUCAGCGACCUCAGCGACCUCGAGGGUGCACGGAUAAAACAAAUAGCAGCAGAUAUUUUGCUACUAUAUUUAAAAAAAACAAAUAAAUGUAAUCUGUAUAGACGGUUAUUUAAACUUCAGUAAACACCCGAGCGCUGUUACCAGUACAACUUUAAAUAUCAUAUUAUUUUCAAUACAAACGUCUGGGCUCUUGGGGGCCCCCUGGUGGUCUGUUUAUAGGCUGGGCCCUGGUUAUUACCUUAGAAAUGUGUUUGUUUAUUCAAACCUUCGUAGGUCGGUCGCCUUUGUCGGUGCAGAAUGUUUCGUCGACAUUUCUUGUUUUCUCCCCGACAAAACCCACAAACAUACAGCACUUCAGAGUCACACCGAGAUCGGACAUUUAUGUAAAUUUGGUCCCUUAGCCAAUCAGGACGCAGAACAAAUGCACGUUCAUACACUGCAAAAAAAAUAAUAAAUCGGCGAAACUGCGAGGAAAGAUGAACCGCGAUAUAGUGUAUAAUGUCCCUUUAAACAGAGCUGCUUCUUCAGACUGAACAGUGACGGUUUAAACUCAUCUUCAUCAAACAAAGUGAAAGAGUCAGUCAGAGGCAGUUCCUCUUAUAUCCCUGUGUGUCAGAUGCCCUCCCACUGGGACUAAACCUAAAGUCUGGGCUGGACCAGAUCUACAAAUACAAAAUUACAAACCCCCAAACUAUCAUCAAAAUCAAAAGUCUAAAGAUUCAUAUUCUGAAUUCAGGUCAUUUUUACUCGUGUGUGUGUAAAUCUUUUGCAGUGUCGUCAUGUCAUCCAUUUUAAGUUUUCGGUUCAUUGCUUCUUCUGAAAACAUUUUUAUGGUCAAACUCGUCACUACAGAAGAGUUUGUGUGUCUUAUCUCAGAACGAUUCACUCAUAAUUAAACUUAAAAAAUCUACUUAAAGGGGAGGUAUCGUGCAAAAACAACUUUUAUUGCAUGUUCUAAGUCUGCUCCUCAUCAACAACAUGAAGGUUUUACGUCGUCCAUGUUUGAGUAAUUUAGCAAUCUCUCCUGGGCCCUAUUCAAACGCUCCUUACAGUUAGCGGUACGAGUCUGUACGAGGCUCCGCCCACAAGCCUACGUCACCCACGCUCCCACACGACAACUCUCCAUAAAUAUACAAAAACAUGAUACAAAACUGUGCACUAUGACACAACAAACCUGAUGUGAUGUGCAGUAGUUUCAUCAGUGGGUGUUGUGAUAGUGCUCUGAAGGGGGAGUGACUUAGCACAGAGAGCAGAGACUCAAAAACGAAAUGUGUCAUCGUGUUACAAUCAAGUCAGAUACCUCCCCUUUGAGUCUUUGGAAUUCAAAAAGUACUUCUCCAAAAACUAUUUCUUACUUUGAAAAUUUACACCAAAAAUUAACUUUUUUAUGCAAGUCCCGAACUAAAAACUUUGAUUCACCGAGACGAUAACGCGUGCAAUCGGACAGAAGCAUCUUUGUACAGGCGCAGUAGCAGCAGGAGUCCAGAGGUGGCGCUCUCCUGCCUUAGUAAAAACAUUAGAACCUUUUCGAUAUUUGAGUUCACGUUUUUGCUGCAUGGUCCCGACGUUACCAAACCACUCUCUCCAUAAGUAUGUCGCACCAACGUUUUUAUAAUAAUGAAAAAAACAGAUAAACGGUCCAAACCCGGGGCAAACGCGGGGCAAACCCGGGUCAAACGCGGGGCAAACCCGGGUCAAACGCGGGCGGGCGCUGCAUGUACUCUGCCCGACCAUCGCUGGACUUGGUUUGACUUGAAAAUCCUAAAAAUGAUUGUCAGUUUUGGGCCGACGCUCCGGACGGAAUCUGAUUCUGGAAGUAAAAUUCCUGUUUGAUAAUAGAUUCACUGGUCUUAAAGCUGCACCGUGGAACUUUCCCGCUCCGCCUGCUCGUUUCCACGGAGACGUUACGUGCGUUGCCUGGAAUGUCCCGCAGUAUCGGCGUCCUUGAUAAUCACAGUGUUACAUAUUUGAGUGAGACGCGUCCCGUCCUGAGUCCGUGAGUCUAAAGCAACACUGCGGAACAUUCUUUACGUACGCAACAUCUCACCUUUUUAAAAUAUGUUCAAAUCCCUCAGUUGAUACGAUUCUACUGUUGUGUCCUUGGGCAAGACGCUUCGCACGUCUCCACGCAACAACAGAGUGAGACUAACUUCAGUUCAAAUUACUCAAGUAGAAGUACAAAGCGGUGGAGCGAGAAUUUACUCGAGUACCUUUGCGUCAAUAAAGUACUCGAAGAAAAAGUACGCCGCUCGAAAAAUACUCUAAAAAGUUCCGAUAUGUUUGAUGUAUUUAUUUAUGUUUCCGUGUACUCAAAUGAUUGGUAAUUUUACUUCCACAACCAGUAACGGCGCCCCCUGUCGAUCCACAGCAGUAACGGCGCCCUCUGUUGGUAACGGCGCCCCCUGUUGAUCCAUGGCAGGCUGAAUAUGCAAAGCGAACGAGGAGCAAACACAUGGGAUGAAUUUAAAUGAAUAAAUACUUAGUUUGAAAGGUUUACACUAGAGGUAAUGUGUAGAAAAGGUUUUAGACUUUAUUUUUAAACUUGAUUUUGAAGGUUGAAGCGCGUUCACGGUGUAAAUACAGGGCUGCAGCUGUAACUUAUUCUUAGAUAAAGGGUUUGAAUGGACUUUUUGUUUGUGUGUAGUGAGAUGAUUUGAAUCCGUAUUUAUUUAUCUGUAAAAAAGGAAUGGGCACCGUAUCCUAAAGAGUGUGCCAGUGGGAGGAGGGAGGGCACGGGAAGGGCAUCUGAAUAAACUGGAAUGAUUUU